CCGGUCGGACGUGACCAAAAGGAGCCCAUUUGGGCGGGAACCAGCCCAAUCUGGCAACACUGGUCCGAGCUCCUUUUCUCUAUAAAGCCACACCUCCUCUCUCUGUUACACAAUAACACACUGAACCAGGAAGUUCAUUUCAGAGAAAACAAAACUUAUAGAACUCUCUCUCUCUCUCUCUCUCUCUCUCUCUCUCUCUCUCUCUCUCUCUGUCUCUGUCUCUGUCUGUGAGUUCGAGAAAAUGGCAGAAACCAGUGAUCAGGAUCAGUUCAGCUGUCCAGUGUGUCUGGAUCUCCUGAGGGUUCCAGUGACUCUACAUUGUGGUCACAGUUUCUGUAAGGUGUGUAUUAAUGGCUGCUGGGAUCAGGAGGACGUAAAGGGAGUCUACAGCUGUCCUCAGUGUAGAGAGACUUUCACUCCAAGACCUGUUCUACGCAGGAACAACAUGCUGGCUGAAGUGGUGGAGAAACUGAAGAAGACUGAACUCCAAGCUGCUUCUCCUGCUCACUGUUACGCUGGACCUGGAGAUGUGGAGUGUGAUUCCUGCACAGGGAGAAAACACAAAGCUGUCAAGUCCUGUCUGGUUUGUCAGGCCUCCUUUUGUGAAGAUCAUCUUAAACCUCACUAUCAGUCUCCUGCCUUUAAGAAGCACAAGUUAGUUGAAGCCUGUGCAGAGCUCCAAGAGAAGAUCUGCUCUGAACAUGACAAACUGAUGGAGAUCUACUGUCGUACUGACCAAAGCUUCAUCUGUUACUUGUGUACGAUGGAUCAACACAAAGGCCAUGAUACAGUUUCAGCUAAAGCAGAAAGAACUAAAAAACAGAAUGAGUUAAAGGAGGAUCAGAUAAAAUCCCAGCAGAAGAUCCAGGAGAAGCAGAAGAAGGUGCAGGAGCUGAAACAGACUGUGGACAUUAUUAAGAUGCGUUCACAGGCAGCAGUAGAUGACAGUGAGAGGAUCUUUACUGAGAUGAUCAGCUCCAUGGAGAAAAAGCGCUCGGAGGUGACGGAGCUGAUCAGAGCUCAGGAGAAAGCUGAAGUGAGUCGAGCUGAACGACUCCUGAAUCAACUGGAGCAGGAGAUUGCUGAUCUUAAGAGGAGAGUCACUGAGAUGGAGCAGCUUUCACACACACACGAUGACAUCCACUUCCUCCAGAGUUUCCCGUCUCUCUGUGUUUCUCCUGGAUGUGACGACUCACUCAGCUUCACUGUCAAUCAACAUCUCUCAUUUGAUGGAGUGAGGAAAUCUCUCUCAGGUCUGAAAAAACGAGUCGAGGAAAUCUGUGAGGAAGAAUUCAACAAAAUCAGACCAGAAGCUGCAGCAGUUCAGAUGGUUUUACCUUCAGAACCAAAGAGCAGAGAAGAUUUUCUG